AUGGAUGAAGCCGCAGAAUAUGAGAAGCGGCAUGUUCACGAGGUGUACGAAGACAUAGCAAGUCACUUCUCCUCCACUCGAUACAAGCCAUGGCCUGUGGUCGACAAGUUCCUACGCCGUCUGCCCGCUGGGGCCGUCGGUCUCGACGUUGGGUGUGGAAACGGAAAGUACUUGGCCGUGAACAAGGAUGUCUUCAUUAUUGCUUCGGAUAGGUCCAACGCCCUGGUGGAGAUCGCGCGCCAACACCAACCGCAUAGUGUCAUUGUCGCAGACAUCCUUAGCCUUCCUCACCCCAGUGAUUUGUUCGACUUUGCCCUCUCCAUCGCCGUUAUACACCACCUCUCUUCCACCGCGCGAAGAGUUCAGGCUAUCAGAGAGAUCUUGCAGACCUUAAAACCCCCCUCCAAAUCAAGCCGGGUGGGCGGAGAAAGAGACGGAGGAGGCCAGGCAUUGAUAUUCGUGUGGGCGCUGGAGCAGAAAGACAGCCGACGGGGCUGGGAUCGAGGCCACGAGCAGGAUGUGCUUGUGCCGUGGGUUCUCAAGCCAGAUGUCGCCCCCCAGUCCAAAGUCGAGGCUCAAACCCCCAAUCCGCCAGUCUCGACAACCUACCAUCGAUACUAUCAUUUGUAUCGGGAGGGCGAGCUGCAAGAAGACGCGAUGGCCGCUGGUGCGAGGAUAGUCGAGUCCGGCUAUGACCGAGAUAACUGGUGGGUUAUCCUUGCCCGACAAGACUGA